AUGAAGAAAAUCCGAGAAUCACAAGUUAUAAUACAAACUACUAUAGAUCAGCGUGCAAAACUGAUCUGUUAUGCCGCUUUAGUCUAUCACAAUCUCCAGCACUUAACCCAACCCCCCCCCCUGGCAGAAACUUUGACAGUGAACACUACUUUUGCCGGAGACCACAGUAUAAAGGUAAUUAGCUGGGCUAUUACAAUCUUUAUUGAGGUUUAUCUAUGCGUGAUAAAAGAAAACUCUAUAUUACGAAAAUAA